AUGUUGGACUUGGAUUCUAUCUCCUUGCUGCUUGAAUGGUGUGCCAACAACUCUGUUUCGAUCGAUCCACGGCUUCGAAUCGAUUUUGAUGAGCAUGGAGGACUUGGGGUGUUUUCGACCGAAGAUGUCAUUCCUCAAGAUGCGACGCUGGUCAGAAUAACCAAAGAUUCUGUCCUUUCGACGAGGUCGUGUUCUCUCGCCGAUCAUAUACCACCCGUUCCGUAUGGCCUGGGUGCACAAAUCGCCCUCUCAAUGGCUUUAUACGGGUCUUCAUCAAGAUGGUAUGGAUACCUGCAGGCCCUUCCGGCUGAAGUCGAUAUCCCUCUUUUUUGGAACCAGCAAAUGGCUUCCACGCGCUCCCCAGAAGAUGGAUUACAAGCCUUGACGUGGCUGACGGGGACGGAGGUCGAUAAAGUACUACAACAAAAGGCAGAAAAUGAAAUGACCAUACUGGUGGGCCUUUCAACACCCACAGAGAUAUAA